AUGUCACAGGGUACUUUAUAUGCUAACUUCAGAAUCAGAACUUGGGUCCCAAGAGGUCUUGUCAAGGCUUUGAAGCUGGACGUCAAGGUUGUUGAACCAGAUACCGCCAUUGAACAGUUUGCAAGGGACUUUCCUUUGAAGAAAGUUCCGGCUUUCGUGGGUCCAAAAGGCUAUAAGUUAACCGAGGCCAUGGCCAUUAACUACUAUUUGGUAAAGCUUUCACAGGACGAGAAAAUGAAGGCUCAACUAUUGGGUGCUGACGAUGACUUAAAUGCUCAAGCACAGAUUAUCAGAUGGCAAUCGCUGGCAAACAGUGAUCUCUGCAUCCAGAUCGCCAAUACCAUUGUCCCCUUGAAGGGCGGCGCUCCUUAUAACAAGAAGAGCUUUGACUCUGCCAUGGACGCUGUUGGCAAGAUCGUCGACAUCUUCGAGGAUAGAUUGAAAAACUACACGUAUUUGGUUACGGAAAGCAUCUCCUUGGCCGACUUGGUGGCUGCCUCGAUUUUCACCAGAUACUUCGAGAGCCUAUUCGGUACCGAAUGGAGAGCUCAACAUCCAGCCAUCGUGAGAUGGUUCAAUACCGUCAGAGCUUCAUCAUUCUUGAAGGACGAGUACAAGGAUUUUAAGUUCGCUGACAAGCCAUUGAGUCCCCCACAAAAGAAGAAGGAAAAGAAGGCCCCAACUGCCGCUGCCAACCCCUCAAAGAAGAAGGAGGAAGCCAAGCCGGCCGCUACUGAGACUGAAACUUCUUCUAAGAAGCCAAAGCAUCCAUUGGAAUUAUUGGGCAAGUCAACUUUCGUUUUGGAUGACUGGAAGAGAAAGUACUCCAAUGAGGACACUAGACCAGUUGCUUUGCCUUGGUUUUGGGAGCACUACAGCCCAGAAGAGUAUUCCCUAUGGAAGGUCACCUACAAGUAUAACGACGAAUUGACUUUGACUUUCAUGUCUAACAACUUGGUCGGCGGUUUCUUUAACAGAUUGUCCGCCUCUACCAAGUAUAUGUUCGGUUGUCUAGUUGUGUACGGUGAAAACAACAAUAACGGUAUCGUUGGUGCGGUUAUGGUUAGGGGUCAAGACUACGUUCCAGCUUUCGAUGUCGCACCAGACUGGGAAUCCUACGACUAUGCCAAGUUGGAUGCAACUAACGACGACGACAAAGAAUUUAUCAACAACAUGUGGGCUUGGGAUAAGCCGGUUUCCGUCAAUGGCGAAGCAAAGGAAAUUGUUGACGGUAAGGUUUUGAAAUAA